UUCACAGAAAAAAUAAUUCAACUUAAUAUGCAUUACAGUAAUUUUGAAUUAUUAUACCUUUAAAACCAGUAUUCGUAGUGACGACCACCGUUAUUUAUCAGUUAUCACGGUAAAACCUCUAUAAGGUUUUACUGUACCUAUAUAGAAUUAUAAUACGGCUAUGUGCCUACAAGUCUAUUAUGUCUAUUCAGUUUAGAUUCAAAUAAGUACUUACCAAUUACCUAUAUAAUAUCAUAGAACAAUAGAUAAUAUUGUUAUUAUAAUGUUAUAACAUUAAGUUUAUAUACAUGUAAUAGUAAUACAUUUUGUAUUAUAAAUUUAUAAUAUGUUAACUGUCACUAAGUAACAUAUUACUAAUACAAUACGUCAAUACACAUUCACAAAUAUAAAUAUAUAAGUAAGUAUACAAAUUCAUAAUUAUUACACAUUAAUACAAAUUAUUUCCCAAUAGAUUAGAUAUAUAGAAGAGUAUCCAAGUCUUUAAAAAUAUAUUAUAAAGACAGAAGAAUUUUAAUUUAUAAAAUGGCCAAUAAGAAUUGUACAUAUAAAAUUGAAAACAAUAAUACUCUGGCAAAAACAGAAUUAAAUGAUUUACAUAAUGAUAAUAUACAGAAAACACAACCCAAAACAUGCCAAGAAUUGUGGAGGAGUGGAGUAUUGUGUUCGUCAAUUAAUCCAUUAGAAAGGAUCAAGUGUCAUGAAAGUGGAUGUUGCCUCAUGUCACCAAUACCUACUACAGAUGAUUUUAAAUUUAAACAAUUAUUUGAGCCAUUGUUUUCCAGGAGAACAUCAUUUGCAAUUUAUAAAGAAGUAUUCAAAGUGGAUCAAAGAUGUACAUGUGUUAAGUUCAAUGGCAUUGAAGAUGAAUGUAAACAUCCAGAAUGCAAACAUAAUUUAAAGUGUUUAAGCCUACCAUUAGCAACAUGUUCACCAGCUGAAAAUUGGAAUAAAUAUUAUGGACAAACUUUAUGAAUAAAUAAUUUUUAAUGUAUUGAUCAAAUAAUAUUUAAUAUUUGUUACAUAAUUACUUUAUUGUAUACCUACUGAUGCACAUGCAAACUAAUUUUUGUAAAUAAAAUGAUUCAGAGUAGAGAAAAUUUGAUUUAACCACCCACGGGCAGUAUCUAAAUGUUUAUAAAUUUUUUUUACAAAUUAAAAAAAUGUUGAUGUAUCA